AAAAGAAUUUAGCAAUCUAUAUUUACUAAAAUAAUUGCAUUUCCAUGUUGUGUGUACUGUGGAAGACCAGAUAUAGUGAAUGCAGGGUUCGGGGAGACCAGAUAUAGUGUAUGCAGGGUCCGGGGAGACCGGAUAUAGUGAAUGCAGGGUCCGGGGAGACCAGAUAUAUAGUGAAUGCAGGGUCCGGGGAGACCAGAUAUAGUGUAUGCAGGGUCCGGGGAGACCGGAUAUAGUGAAUGCAGGGGUCCGGGGGAGACCGGAUAUAGUGAAUGCAGGGUCCGGGGAGACCAGAUAUAUAGUGAAUGCAGGGUCCGG